UGCGCCCGCCAUUGACCUCAACGACCUCGGCUCCGGGCCCGGCCUGCAGACGCUCGUGGAGGGCUUGGACGACUGGGGCCUCGACCUGUUCCUUUUGGAGCAGGAGACCUCGUCGAGAGCGCUGGAGGCGUACAGCAGGUUCGUGCUUGAGCCAACUGCCCCCGGUAUAUUCGACUGCUCCAAGGAGACCCUGUUCGACUUUAUUCGGCAGGUGGCCUCCAAUUAUUCGGCCGACUGCCAGUACCACAAUGCCAUCCACGCCGCCCAGGUUCUCCACUCGGGCACCUGGCUCACCCGCCGCCUGCUCGCCGGCCAGCAGUCGGAGCUCGAGGCCGUGGCGUUUUCCAUCGCUGCCAUCUGCCACGACGUGAAGCACUUCG